AUGCGACGACAACGACAUACGUAUGAUGAAGAAGACGAUGAUGAUGACAACAGUAGUCGUGUUGCUAUAGGCACUCGAGUGGCAAAGGGGCAUCGAAACUAUCAGCUCAUGUAUGAUAUGUUGACAGGCAUUCGAAUUGCAGUAGGCCGUGUGUCUGCUAAACUCCCAAGACUAUUGACAGAGGAAGAUUUUACUGCUGCCCAUAAACUUGUGUUUGAUGUAACUGGAAAUGAAUUAACACCUGGUGUCAAGUAUGAUUUUAAAUUCAAAGAUUAUGCACCUUGGGUGUUUCGCUAUUUGCGAGAAAAGUUUCAUGUGGAUGCUGCUGACUAUAUGAUGUCUUUGACUAACAAGUAUAUCCUGAGUGAAAUUGGAUCUCCAGGGAAAAGCGGUAGUUUUUUUUACUACUCUAGAGACUAUCGAUUUAUUAUCAAAACGAUCCAUCACAGUGAACAUAAAUUUAUGAGAAAAAUUCUUAAAGAUUAUUAUGAGCAUGUAGCCAAGAACCCAAAUACCCUUUUGUGUCGAUUCUAUGGCCUUCAUCGCAUUAAACUACCUCGGGGUCGAAAGAUCCACUUUGUUGUUAUGGGGAACGUGCUGCCGUCCAAUAAAGACAUUCACCAGACAUUUGAUCUUAAGGGCUCCUUAUUUGGACGACUCACAUCAGAUCAAGAAAUCGAAAAAAAUCCACAUGCUGUAAUGAAAGAUCAAAACUGGGUUAAGACAAAUCAACAACUGCAACUGGGUGGCGUGAAACGAGAAUUGUUUUUGAAGCAAUUGCAACGAGAUGUUGACAUUUUGAAACGAUUGAAUAUUAUGGAUUAUAGCUUGUUGAUUGGUAUUCAUGAUAUUAGAAGGGGCAACACAGAGUGCAUUCGAGAUCAAAGUCUACAGAUGGUCACACCAAGAACGGAAAAAAUGUUGGCAGAUGGACUCUUGAGAAGGCAGAGCAAGGCAGAGAUUAUGCGAAAAGCAUUAAAACGAGCUAAUCCUGUUCAUAUUCACCCUUCUGAUUUACCUAUCAGCCCUUCUGAAGAGCGUCGAUGGUGUAUCUUUUACGCAGAUGAUGGCGGAUUUAGGUCGAGUGAUGAAGAAAACAGGCCAUUAGAUAAACUCUAUUAUGUGGGUGUCAUUGAUAUUCUGACACCUUACAAUAUCGCAAAACGUGCAGAAACUAUAUGGAAAAGCAUCACGCAAGAUAAAGAAACCAUCUCCUCUGUACAUCCUUUGACUUAUGGUAAACGUUUUCUUGAUUUUAUGGUAAAAGCCGUUAGUGGAACGCCUUCUUCACCGCCUCCGUUACUUACUGAAAAGUAA